AUUUGGCAACCCGCACCCGUUUGCUUUUUCAUGACCAAAACGGCGGCUGCGAUUCAAACGAAGUGAAGCUCAACCGCAAAAAAACAUUCGCACGGCGUCAAUCAAUCGAAGCGGGUGCUAAAUCGGCUAAAUAAUAUAUACAAAUAUGUCGGGGGAUGGAAUGGGGAUGACCAAGAGCAGGGGAGGAUCAGGAUCAGGAUCAGGAGCAAGUGCAUCCGAAACGGACAAUGUAACGGCCCUCGAGCUGCAGUCCAAUAAACGCAUGCUCUACUUCAGCGAUGGCGUCAUGGAGGAGCUGUCCUCCGGCAGCGAGGACGAGGCGGAUGCGGAAGUGGGCGACAGGAGCUACGACGUCCAUCUAAACGAGAGCGAAAUGGCGCUGGGGCCACGCCUGCGGCACAGGGCCAGCAGGAUGGGCAACCGAUUCCUGGCCGGCAUCGACUACGUGGGCGGCGGACUGGCCUCCCUGCUGGGCAUCACCAGCAGCAAGUAUGCCAGCGAAAUGGAGAACUACCAGAGGGCCAAGGAGAAUGGCGACGAGGACCUUGACAACUGGCAACCGCAGGCUAAUAACAAUAACAACAAUAACGGUGGCCGGAAUGAGACCAUCGUUUUGUGCGGACCAACACGCAGUGAGGCGACCUUGUCACCCACUCGGCAAUAGGCGAAAUUGCGCCCCUUUUGUUGGUUUCUUGGCUGGAAAACGUGGAACAAAAAUGCUCAUGGAGUACUUUUUUAGUUGGUAAAACCCAGAGGAAUCAGUAUCAGAAUCAAAUCCAAACAGAUCUUAACUUUUCGACACUUUAUUCGCUAGCAAAUAAGUUACAUGUAAUAAUAAAAAAAUACACAAUACAAAAUACA